GUCCGUCGUCGGCCGGUGGCCACCGGGCGGCAGCACUGCGCCCGUCGGCCGUCCGCGCGCGCCGCGCCGGGCCCGACCAGCUCAGUUCUGUGCCGGGGCCCGGCUCCAGGCCGAUUUCGCCGUGCUAGUGGUGUCGUGCAACGUGACUGAGAACGGACAGUCGAGUCCGCUGGUGGCCGGGAGGGUUGGCGGCAUUUGGAGUCCGUCCCGCGGAGAACACCAUCGUCUGUCCGGCACCGCCCUCUGGAGCGCCAGCGACGGCCGCUGGCCAUGGACGCAGCCCGAACGGCGGCGGCGCGCACGCCCCUGCUGCAGCCGCCUGCCUACCUGCAGCCGAUGCUGCCCUACUGGCUGCCACCCCCGACUCCUCCGCCGGAGGCGCUGGCAGAGAAAGAGAAGAAGGAUGGCGAUCCCUGGCCCCCCGUGGAUGCUCAGGCCGCCUUUCUGGGCCCCAGUCUGUGGGACUCGCAAAAGGAUCAGCAGCUGAAGUACACAGACCUGGAGGAUUUCCUUAACGAGGCAGACACCGUCUCGCAGCCGCGUUCCAGCCCGCCGCAGCGCGUGCCGGGCAGCCCGCCGCUGCAGGUGCCGCCGCCGCCGCCCCAGCAGUUCCCGCAGCACCUGCACCAGCAGCAGCUGCAGGAGCGGCCGUGGCCGGGCGCGCUGGGCCCGCCGGGCCACCACCAGCACCAGCCGCCGCGCCACCCGCAGCACCAGCAGCAGCACCAUCACCAGCAGCAGCAGCAGCAGCAUCAACACCCGCAGCAGCCGCACCCGCAGCAGCAGCACCCCAGCUGUCGUUUGAACGAGCACCGGGUGCCCGACCAGGCCGGUCGGGACCAGCUCAGAGCCGGUGAGGAGGGCGGCGCCCCUCUCAAGGUCAAGGUCGAGUUCCAGGUGUCGCCCUCGGACCUGGCACUGGCCACGGUCCCUGGCACCCAGUUUGACCCUCAGACACACCAGUUUUCAGACGAUGAGCUGAAGCCACAGGCUAUCUGCAAAAAGUCGAAAAAGCAGAUCGUCCCCGACGAGCGGAAGGACCAGCGGUAUUGGACGCGCCGCCAGCGAAACAACACGGCCGCCAAGCGCUCGCGCGACGCCCGCCGUCUCAAAGAGAACCAGAUAGCGCUGCGGGCCAACUUCUUGGAGAAGGAGAACGCCGCCCUCCGAGAAGUAAUGGACGAGCUGAACAGGAAGAACCAGGAGCUGAAGGCACGGGUAGAGAACUGCCACUGCCGCUAGACGCGGCCGGCAGCGGACAGGCGACCGAAUCGGCACUCACACGAUCCCGCACGCUCCAGAGAGCCCCGAUGGGCCUCUCUCCGUCUCACUCUCUGCUACUCUCUGUCUACCUGCAACCCAGCCAGUGUUCACCACCGCGCGCGGCCAACGAACUCCGCUCACUGCAAAAUCGCGUUCCGUGGAAAGAAAGUGCUCUGCUGUUGUAAUAAAUAAACCAAUCUUUCGGACCCGGCGUACAUCAAUGUAGUUGAAGGCAUUUGGAACGACCCUAGGGCACUGGUUUAGCUGAUUGAGAUUAGUACCCUAACCAUACGCUACAUUUACAAAUGUAACGCCGUUUAAGUUCGCACGCAUACUACUUUGGCAUAUCAGUCUUAGGCGCCGUGAAUCAAUAGCGGAGGAUUGCAGAUUGUCUUCAUAGGUCUCGGUGAUUCUAAACAAUCAAAUUUUGUACCCUGUCUUUCGCAUGUCCGUGGGCCUUAACCCCAGAGGGUGUCAUCUGUAAUGUUCCUUACUUGUACGGGAACCACUGAAGUCGUCACUAAGAGGAGAGGUUUGCUUGCAGUUUGUUUCGGUUGGGUGUGCUUUACUGCCAUGUAGGUGUAGGGUUUCACAGCUAGCUUUCCGCAUAGUGUCAAACGGGUAACAUAAGCAAUGUUUGCGGAUUAGAAGUGAACGGGUUCGGGAAAUAUCCAGUUAGAAGUAAGAGUUUAUUCUUGUAUCGGUAGCAUAAGUCAAACAUUGUAUCACUGACGUCGCGUUAGUGUGCAACCAAAGUCGCGUCAAACGCUUUAUUAUAGUUAAGGAGGACGGUGUCGAAGGGCGGCUCUGAGCCCGCGCCGGUGGGGUGUUGCGGGGGUUGAGGCGGGUGCCGUGACCACUCUGUCCCGCCGGCUCCACUGGGCCGCGGACCGCGGUAGCUGUGGCCGGCGGCAGGGACGGCGGCCGGCGCCCUCACCGUCCCACUCCCACCGGCUCCGGCCAGGACCGAGCCUUCGGCGGCGAGACCAUGUGAUUUCUCUGUGGUUCCCGGCGCAGUCCCCACAAAAUGUAUUUUAAAACGGGACCGCCUCAUCUUGUUACCAAUGUCGACAUACAUGUCGUCGGGUGUAAAACGGUGUCAUUUGCCGGCGGCAAUUCGUGUGCACUAGAAUAGUUGCGUUGGUGGGUGCUUAGGUUAUGAUUAGUAUUAAGAAGUCAUCAUCCAUGGUCCUGUCUAGCCUGCCACAAACACUUGUGAGCAGCUACUAAUGAAUACCUGCCAGACUGUUCCAAGGAGCUAGUUAUUACGGCCAUAAUUUAGAUGUUAAACCAAGGACACCAGUGGAUGAUGACUGUAUCUGGUUGUUCGAUGUUGCUCAAGCAGGCAUCGGUACCUUGCUGCUUCUCUGUUGCUUUCCUUCUUGUAGCUGUGCUGUCACGGGAAACCAGGCUUAGGUGGCGGUGGGUCGCGGGUCAAUAAAAGACAUUGGGAAAAAGGCUUCACCUUUGGCUCAAUUUCACCAAAUCAGAACAUCAUGCCUGACCACCAGUGUCGGGUACUAGCUGACUCGACCCGCUCCGCCGACCUGCGGCGGCGGGGCGUGACCUGCCGACCUGACCUGCUGUUGACCUGACCCGGCACGGCUGUCGACCAAUGAGACGCGGCGCGGCGGUGUCGGCGCGGCCGGUGGGGGCUGUGUCCUGCUGUUGGCCCCGCCAGCCGGCUCUGUACGGCCAGCAGGAGCCGCCUGGGCGUGUGUGUCACGGUGUGUGUGCACACUGCACGGGCGUGCAGGUUGUUGUGUGUCGUGUCAGCUGCUACUACAGUUUGCCACAUGUUGUGGACGUGUGGGACCCCACCAGCACACCUGAGGGCAAACUAGGACACUCCCUUUGGCCAGGGAACCAGACAGGAACCAGGGAAACACCGGGUCAGAACCAGGGAACCCCUUCCGUGCCAGAAUCCUACCGGGUUGGGACCUGGGAACCACAAGAUCAGAAAAGGAUCGGGUCAGCACCAGGGAAUCACUGGGCCAGAACCAGGGAACCAACGGGUAAGAACCAGGGAAUUACCGGGUCGAAAUCAGGAAACCACUGGGCCAGAAUCAAGGAACCUCCCGGACGGAACCAACGGGGACCACCGGACCAGGGCCAGUUUUCUGAACCAGGGCCAAAGAGACCACCAGACCGGGCCAGAGGAGACCAGCACACCGGGGCCAGAGGGGCCGCCAGACCAGUGUCGAAACCGCAGGAGACCACCAGUCACACACUGCUGGGGCCGGGUGUUCCGGCAGUCCACCUCCACCGCCCGGGUUCCUGUACCCCGAGGUCGGGUCACCGGGUAACCCAGCUGUCUGGUGGCGCGCCCUCCCUCCUCCGGCGGCGGCCGGCUGCUCCCCGCUCAAUAUGUCGUGCAGUCUGUGUGGUGUCGGUGGUCGGCGCUCUCGCCCAGUGAAAUACACGCCGUGUGAAGCC